CUGCUGCGCGGGGGCGGGGCCUGCGGCGGGCUGAGUCUUGGCUAGAGACUGGUCCCCGCAGCUGCAGGUCAACUUAAGCCAGGAGCUUGGGAUUCCUCAAGGGCCCUCGGGGAAGUCCGGGAGCAGGGAGUGCGGUUCCUUUCCUGGCCCCCAGCGUGUCUGUGGAGCUGACCCCUCCCACGCACAGCUCUGCCUAGGGUCUGGAGAGGGUAGUCCCACCCUGAGGAAGGGGCUCAGGAGGCGCGGGGUGGCUGAGCUCUGCGACCAUGAAGGUCAAAGUCAUCCCUGUGCUUGAGGACAACUAUAUGUACCUGGUCAUCGAGGAGCACACGCGGGAGGCUGUGGCCGUGGACGUGGCCGUGCCCAAAAGGCUGCUGGAGAUCGUGGGCCGGGAGGGGGUAUCACUGACAACUGUGCUGACCACCCAUCACCACUGGGACCACGCCCGGGGCAACACGGAGCUGGCGAGGCUGCUGCCUGGCCUGGUGGUGCUGGGCGCAGAUGAGCGCAUCUGUGCACUGACCCGCAGGCUGGUACAUGGCGAGGAGCUGCGGUUUGGGGCCAUCCACGUGCGCUGCCUCCUGACGCCUGGCCACACCUCGGGCCACAUGAGCUACUUCCUGUGGGAAGAUGAGUGUCUGGACCCGCCCGCCGUGUUCUCGGGGGAUGCAUUGUCUGUGGCCGGCUGCGGCUCACGCCUGGAGACCACAGCUCAGCAGAUGUACCACAGCUUGGUGGAGACCCUGGGCACCCUGCCCCCUGAGACAAAGGUGUUCUGUGGUCACGAGCACACACUGGGCAACCUCGAGUUUGCACAAAAAGUGGAGCCUUGCAACAACCACGUGAAGGCCAAGCUAUCGUGGGCCAAGAAGAGGGAUGAGGAUGAUGUGCCCACGGUGCCCUCAACCCUGGGCGAGGAGCUCCUUUACAACCCCUUCCUGAGGGUGGCAGAGGAGCCUGUGCGCAAGUUCACAGGGAAGGUCGCCCCAGCUGAAGUCCUGGAAGUGCUCUGCAGGGAGCGAGCGAGCUUUGAGCGGGCAGCUGAGCCACUGCAGCCACAGGCCCAGGCACUCCUCGCGCUGCAGUGGGGGCUCCUGAGCAUGCCCCGGCCGAAGUGAGCCCUACGUGGGCUGGGCAACACACCCCUCCUCCCUUGACCCACAGGAGGAUCGAGCCUUCCUCAGCCCUGCCCAGCCUUAGAGGGUGGGCGCCCUGGCCUUUCCUGGUGUUGGACACCCGGGGCCCCUCUCUGGGCCACAGUGAGCCCCGAGACCUGGGUGUUUGCGAAGCAGCCUAGUGGGGUGCACAGGGCUCCUAAACUUGAAUAAAGCUUUGAAAGGC